AUGAACCCAUUGUCCGUCGCAAUCCUCUUCGUAGCUGUAGCUGCCGCCAGCGCUAGCGGUCUUCUAGGAGCCGGCAUCAUCGGCGACAAAGGAGCCCUCGAAGGCGCUCUUGGAGGCCAAUGGAUUCCUGAUGUACCAGUCGAUGGCCAUGGUGCCGGAGUCAUUGGAGGCGGAAUCGUAGGUCACGGAAGUGCCAGAGGAGCCAUAGAAGGCGCUCUUGGAGGUCAAUGGAUCCCUGAUGUUCCAGCACAUAGUCCCGCCGUUGUUGCCCCAGCUAUCGGACCUGUAGGUCUUGGACUUGGUCUCGGCCAUGGUCUUGGUCUUGGUGGUCUUGGCGGUAUUGGCGGUAUUGGCGGUAUUGGCGGUAUUGGCGGUAUUGGUCUUGGUGGUGUCGGUCUUGGCGGAAUUGGUAUUGGACCUGGAAUCGCUGGCGUUGGUAUCGCUGGACACGGAGUCUCCAGAGGAGCUUUGGAAGGCGCUUUGGGAGGUCAAUGGAUCCCAGACACCGGUGUACAUCAUUAA